GUGGAGCGAAGGAGGCGACAGAACAGGCUCCGUGAAGAAGUUUUAGGAAUCUAAACUGUCGUGUUUACAGCGUCUUUUAGCUGAAAAACAAACUACAGAUAAACGGCGGCGUUGACGGGGAGGCGUGAAUCGGACUCGGACACAGCCAUGGCCGGUGUGUAUGGAUGGGGCAUCAACCCAGUCCAAACAGCGAGCCCCUUCAUAGAGAUCAUCGAGCAGCCAAAGCAGAGGGGGAUGAGGUUUAGGUAUAAGUGUGAGGGACGCUCAGCCGGCAGCAUCCCCGGAGAGAAGAGCAACGACAACUCUAAGACCCACCCCGCCAUCAAGGUGCACAACUACAGCGGCCCACUGCGUGUUCGCAUCUCAUUGGUGACGAAGAACUCACCGCACAAGCCUCACCCCCACGAACUGGUGGGGAAAGACUGCAAACAUGGCUACUACGAGGCUGACCUGCAGGAGAGACGAAUACACAGUUUUCAGAACUUGGGCAUACAGUGUGUCAAGAAGAAGGAUGUGAAUGAGGCCAUCACUUGUAGGCUGCAGACCAAUAAUAACCCCUUCAAUGUUCCUGAGGCGAAGGUUUGGGAAGAGGAGUUUGACCUGAAUUCAGUUCGGCUCUGUUUCCAGGCCUCCAUCACUCUGCCUACAGGCGAUCUGUUUCCACUGGAUCCUGUGAUAUCGCAGCCCAUCUAUGACAACAGGGCCCCAAACACAGCUGAGCUGAAGAUCUGCCGAGUCAACCGCAACUCUGGAAGCUGUAAAGGAGGGGAUGAAAUCUUUCUGCUGUGUGACAAAGUGCAGAAAGAGGACAUCGAGGUGCGUUUUUUCCAGGACUCCUGGGAGGGAAAGGGCACAUUCUCCCAGGCGGACGUCCAUAGGCAGGUGGCCAUUGUGUUCCGCACACCGCCGUACCGUGACACUAACCUCUCUGAGCCUAUUAGAGUGAAAAUGCAGCUCCGCCGGCCCUCUGACCGCGAGGUCAGCGAGCCAAUGGACUUCCAGUACCUGCCUGCUGACCCAGAUGAAUACAGGCUGAGUGAGAAGAGGAAGCGUACUGGGGACAUGUUCCAGAGCUUGAAGCUGGGGCCCAUGCUAUCAAGUGUGUCCAUCCCACAAGACAGACGGCACAUAAGCCCAGCAAGGAAAACCGUCAAACCUCUGUCGAUGAAUGCACAAGCUGGUGCAGCUGUGGUGCCCCCUGGUGGCAGUGGAGCGAAACCACAGCCCUCCUACUCUUACAGUCCGCAAGGCCACCUCUUCUCAGUCCAGCCCAAGGUAGAGGCCUCCUCUUCCAUCUCUGCUGCAACUACAAACCAAACAUGGAGGAUCAUGGAGAGCUUAAACCUGGGCUCCCAACCUAAAGCUACUCCAGUGCCCAACUUCACAAUGAACCAGACACCAGCCUCCUCCUCUACCACCACCUCCACCACCGUCAACCAGGACUACUCCACUGUCAACAUAUCAGACCUUCAUGAAUUCUUUCCCAACAUUUCCUCAGCCAUGACCCAGGAGCCGGCAGCUUCUCAGGCAAGCGCAGCCUCCUCACAGACCAGCAGCUCCUUCACAAUCCAGGGCUCUCAGUUCCGGAUGGACCCACCACUUACGGACGACGAUAUCCCUGAGUUCCCUAGCUUUUCCGAAGCCCAGGCCCCAGGCGGGCUGGACAACCUAAACAUGGAUGACUUUGAGGACCUUCUGAACCCCCCCCUCAUGAAUGAGAGCGGAAACGGCGCCUCAAUGUUGUCUCACGUUUCAUGCCAACAAGCUGCCCCUCACUGCUCCUCUACUGCUGCCCAGAACAAUGCAGCAUCCCAGAACACUUCGGACCCUGCCAGCAACCCGGGAAGCACCUGGAUGAAUUACCCCAACAGCAUCGUCAACUUGCUCCAGAAUGAGGGCAUGAUUGACAUCGCACCCAACAACAACAACCACCACCGGCCCGCUGUGCUGGAUGAGUUUGACGAGUUGAUGUCUGCUGACGAGGAUCGUCUUAUUUCCAUUUUUAACAAUGGAAGUCAAGCUGGGUUUGUCUCAGGACACCCGACUUAGUUUGUAUAUGUGAUUUUUUUUAUCACGGACAUAUUUACAUAGACCACUUGUAUCUGCCCCUUUAGUUUUCAGAACUAAAACUCCUUUGUUGUCACUAAAGACAAAAAAGGAAACAAGGUGGAUAUGAAGGGCAGUAAGAGACAGAAUGUAGCGAAACUGCUUACUGUGGACAUGCCUAUUGAAAUACCUGAAAAGUGUCUUUAUGGUAUUCAACUGGUGGGUUUCGCCAGUCCUUACAAACUGUACGUCUGACAAAUGAUAAAAUACGACUGAACAUAAUCAGAUUCCAUCUCCCCUGUUAAUGGUGCGUUUAGCAACGAUCAUUAACUUUUUCAGCCCACGUUGUCAUACUGAUGUUAAAAUAUUAUCCACCAACAAAUGUUGCUUUUAUAAAGACAAUAAGAUCAGAUGCAUCUUUAUAAUGUUAUUUUCUAUAGAACAUGUUAAGCAUGUUUGCGUACUGUAUUUUUAAAACAAUGUAGGUAGGUCCGGUCAGUGUUGACAUAACUAUCACUGUCUUGAAGUGACGUGUAAAUUUGGCCUGCCUUUUUUAUUUUUAACAAAGUGGCAGGUGUUCUCAGUAAAAACUGAAUCAAAUUUAGAGGUGAUUUUUAAUUACAUAUCGCCAUGUAUUAAUAGAAUGUCCAAAUUUCUGUAGGUGGGCAGGAAAAGGUUUCUUAAAAAGGUGCCUUUGUUGAGUCUCAACAAAAUGUAGUUAUGUGUACCAAAUGAAGGUCUGCAUGUAAAUAAUUAUCAAACGAGCAACAUUAAUAAGUACAUGCUUAUAGCAGAGAAGCUUACACCAGAGGUCCAUGCAUCAGGUGUUAGAUCUUGUUGUGUCUGGUGAUAUAUCCUCUGGUUUCUUAUCAAUCAUUUUUUCUACAGUUAUUUCAUGGAUAAUGGCUUAACUGUUCGGCAGCAUGUUUCAAAUCUGUAGGUCAACUUGCUAUUAUCCUGUAGUAAAAUAUGCUUCAAGAUGAAAUUACGCUGUUUUAUACUGGUAUGCUGUAAGCAGAAUAUGUUGUAUGACUCUUUUUGCUGUAAUGAUUGAAUAAUUCUGUCUAAAGUUUCAAAACACUUUACUUGGCAAUAAAACCCAUAACAUAUUAA